AUGCCCAAGUCUCGUGCCGAGGACUGGGCUCGCCACACCCGGCCGGGUCGCGAAUCCCGACAACGCAGCCGAGACGACAGCACCGCUGCGCGGAGCCUGACGAAGAGAAGCCCCGCGGCCCGGUCGCCCGCCCGGUCGCCCGCCCAGCCAAGCCGCAGCGCAUCGCCCGACAGCCACGCCCGUCACCAUCACCGUCACCGGCGGCGGUCCCGGCACGCACGGCCGAGCGGCGCCGAGCCCGAGCCCGAGCCCGCGGAGCUGCCGUACUCGGUGCGCCCGCUGGUCAAGUCCGACUUCGCCGCCUUUGAGCCCCUCUUCGCCUUCUACCUGGAGCUGCAGAAGCAAAGGUACCUGGAGGACAUGGACGAGCGCGAGGCGAGGGGCCGGUGGAAACGCUUCGUGGGCAAAUGGAACCGCAACGAGCUCGCCGAGGGCUGGUACGACCCGGAGGUGUUUUGCCGGUGCGCCGAGGAGUACGCGGGGCGCGAGGGCGGCGCGUCGCCGCUGGCCAGCGACGAGGACGAGGACGAGGACGAGGACGAGGACGGCCCCGGCGGCUCCGGCUCCGACGACGGCUCCGACGACGAAGACGACCACGGCGGCGGUGACGACUACGGACCGAGACUUCCGGCGCGAGACCCCGCGCGCCGGGUGGGCGUCAAGCAGCCGACGCGGCGGGACCUGGCGGCGCGGGACGAGCUCCUCCAGGAGCAGAGGGAGGCGGACGGCGAGGCUGCCCGGCAAGCGCGCCGGGCCGAGAGGCGCCUUCAGAAGGAACGCCUGGACGAGCUGGUGCCGGCGGCGCAGCCGGGGACCCGCGAGCGCAGGCUGGAGAAGAAGAAGGAGGCGGGCGAGAGCAUGCGGCAGUUCCGGGAGAGGAGCCCCGGGGUGGAGGUGGGCGACGGCGAGCUCAUGGGGGGCGGCGACACGGCCGAGGAGUACCGGCGGAUGAAGCAGCGGGAGCACAGGCGCAAGUCGGACCGGCAGGUCCGGCGGGAGGAGUUUGAGCGGGCCAAGGGCGAGGAGAUGGAGUUGCGCAGGCGGGCGUGGCAGCGGAGGGAGGAGGGGACGGUCAGCAUGCUGCGCGAGCUGGCCAAGCAGCGGUUUGGGCAGGGCCCGUGA